GCACGUGUGAAAAAGAUAUUAACGAAUGUCGAAGUAGUCCGUGUGAACACCAAGGUAGAUGUGUUAAUACACCUGGAUCUUACCAUUGUGAAUGCAAAAGCGGAUGGAUUUCAAAACAUUGCGAUGUUGAUAUCAACGAAUGCGCUGCGGAUCCGUUUCCUUGCCAAAACAGAAACUGCACAAACACACCGGGAUCUUUUGCAUGUAAAUGUAACUCCGGUUGGGAACUGCCAUUCUGUAAUCAAGACAUUGAUGAAUGUAGCAGAGCGCCCCCUGUCUGUUGUAAUGGCGGAAGUUGUAUCAACACGCAGGGUUCGUUUAUGUGUGGUUGCCCCACCGGGUGGACUGGUACUGUUUGUGAAAAAGAUGUGGACGAAUGCAAUGGCAGUCCCUGCAAUAAUGGAACCUGUAACAACACUGGUGGCAGCAACUAUUGUCAGUGUAGGACCGGAUUUGAUGAUCCGUCCUGUACAAGUGAUAUUGAUGAAUGCGCAUCUUCUCCAUGCCAAAAUGGCGGAGUAUGUCGAAACGAAGUUGGAGGAUACAAAUGUAUUUGCAGUCAUACUUUAGGAUACACUGGAUUGCAUUGUGAUGAAGAUAUAGAUGAAUGUACAAACUUUACACCGUGUCUUAAUAAUGGAACGUGUCUCAACCAACAUGGCUCAUUUAGUUGUAAUUGCCCUAGUAUCCAUAAAGGAGACUUUUGUCAGUUCGAAACAGAUUCCUGUGAUUCUAACCCGUGUGUGAACAACGGGACAUGCCGCUUGGUUAAUGGCAGUUUCGCGUGUAGAUGCAGUUCGAGAUAUGAAGGAAAACAUUGUGAGAUAGUUGUGAACGAGUGUGGAGAUAACCCCUGUCAUAACAAUGGUACCUGUGUCAGUGGAUACGACAGUUUUGUGUGUCAGUGUUUGCCAGGAUACACAGGGAGAUACUGCAUCGAGGAUGUAAACGAGUGCACAUCCGUACCUUGUAAGAACAACGGUCUUUGUGUCAACAGAAAAGGAGGAUUUAAUUGUGUUUGUCAAAACGGUUAUAAAGGCCAGACUUGUGAAAAUGGAAUCUGUGAUGAGAAAUCAUGCGAAAACAAUGGAAUUUGUGUUCUAGUUGAAAAUGACCCAGUUUGUGCCUGCUCAGUAGGAUUUCAAGGAGAAAAUUGUACGAAAGAUAUUGACGAAUGCGUAGAUUCUCCUUGCCAUGAAAAUUUUACAUGUGUGAAUACAUUUGGUGGUUUUCAUUGCAUCUGUGGUAAUAUUACCAUGAACUGCAGCAACGAUUCUUGUCUGUCAUCUCCUUGCAUGAAUGGUGGGUUGUGUAUACCAAACAACAAUGACUCUUAUGACUGCAUCUGUUCUCCUUCAUGGAAGGGGAGAAACUGUGAUAUAGUACAAAAUAACUGUGAAAAUGCCACUUGUUAUAACAAUGGAACGUGUGCAAGUCAGCCAUACCCUGGCAAUUUUUCAUGUCUUUGUCCUGAUGGGUAUGAGGGAGACAUGUGUGACAUCGAUGUGGAUGAAUGCGCCUACCUUCCCUGUCAAGAAGGACUCUGUAUAAACACUGUAGGGAGUUUUCAUUGCGACUGUAGCGAUGGAUAUGCUGGACCUAACUGUUCCAAUGUGACUGACAAAUGUUCAUCGAAUCCUUGCAUGAACAAUGGAACCUGCUUCUCUUUACCUGGCAAUACUAGCUGUUCAUGUCCAGAACGAUGGACGGGAUUAUUAUGCGAAGAAGACAUCGACGAAUGCACGUGGGACAUUUGUGGAUCCAAGGGUGUCUGUUUGAAUACCAAUGGUUCCUUUAACUGCAAUUGUUCAUCGGGUGUAGAUGGAGAGUUCUGUGAAAGAGACUUUGAUGAGUGUAGUAUCAACCCUUGCACCAACAAUGGCGUAUGCAUCAAUAUGGCUGGACAGUUCCAUUGUGUAUGUCCUGAAGGGUAUUCCGGGCGUCUUUGCGACACAGACGUUGACGAGUGCUUGCGAAUUCCAUGUGAAAAUAAUGGAAGCUGUAUAAACACAGUUGGUAGCUACAUAUGCGUCUGUGUUCCUGGGUGGAUUGGAGAAAAUUGUCAACAGGAUUUCAAUGAAUGCUUAAAGUAUGGAUGCCUCAACAAUGGCACUUGCAUCAACACACAAGGAUCUUUCCUUUGUCAUUGUAACCAGUUUUUCACUGGAUCUCAUUGCGAAGAAGAUAUCAACGAGUGUAUAACGACGCCCGGUAUUUGUCAAAAUGGCGGAACCUGUGAAAACACGUGUGGCGGAUAUAAGUGUCACUGUAUGCCUGGAAAUCAAGGAACCAACUGUGAUGGAGAUAUUGAUGAAUGCGUAGAAUGGAAGCCGUGUAGAAAUGGUGGAAACUGCACAAAUACAAAAGGUUCUUUCUACUGUAACUGUACAUCAAACUGGACAGGGCUAACCUGUGAUGAAGACGUGAAUGAGUGCAGACCAUAUCCGGGACUCUGUGUUAAUGGUUCCUGCUUUAAUUUUGAUGGAGGGUUUAAUUGCAGUUGUGAUUCUGGGUUUACCGGCGUCUUGUGUGAACUGGAAAUAAACGAAUGCUUGUCUAGUCCUUGCAUGAACAACGGGUCAUGUGUGAAUUCUCCUGGAUCGUUCUACUGUGAAUGUGUUAAUGACUGGGAUGGACCGUUAUGUGGAAUCGAUCUAUGCAAAACAGCCCAAGCACAGAUAGUUUUUGCUGUAGAUUCCUCAUUCAGUACCAUUGGAAAUGUGUUUGAACAACAGUUACAAUUCAUUGUCAAAAUUAUCAAAACAAUAACAUUAUCUAAUGAAAAAUUUGAAAUAGCAGUUAUAUCAUAUGGAACAGAGACGAUUGUCGAUAUUCCCCUGGGAUCAGUAAACAUAAGUACUGCGAUCAUUGACAAGAUCUCAAACAUCUCAUUCAUAAACGGAACAACAGAUAUUGCAAAGGCUUGUCAAAAGGUGAAGGAAAUUUUGCACGCGAAGAAAUAUACAUCGCAGUUUGUCCUUUUUCUUACUGAUGGAAUGCCUAGUAACUUAGCAAUGUCUGUCAAUGCCAUGACCUCUCUACGGUAUCACAUGCACACUUCCAUUCCAUGGAAUGACGUGCUUUUGAUCACAUUUGGUGGCGAUGUACGACAUGAAGGUCUUCGUAGACUAUCUAGUGAUGGAAACGGAAAGAAUGUGUUCAGCCAUCUUAACAUGGACGCUUUGCAUCAUGUGUUUAAGAAGUUAACUAAUGACAAGUGUUCUGCAUGCAGUGAACAAAGAUCUAUCGAUCUUAUUUUGGCUCUCGACACAUCCUCAUCUCAGCACCCAACUACCUUUUCCUCUAGCAUCGCACUAUUCAGUGUGAUAUUACAAAAAUUACAGAUAUUCAAUCUUAGCAAGGACGAACUUCAAAUCGGUGGAGUCCAUAUUUCUUCUGACCCUACACUCAUGAUCAAACUCAACUACACGAACGAUAUCAAUGUAUUUGCUGGAAUGUUCUUAAAUUCCCAACAGGAUUUCAUCUCUACGAAGAAUUCUACUCCUGAUGUUGCAAAAUCUCUCAGUUUUAUUUCGUCUGUAGCUUUAUCUUUAAAUAAUGGAGGCAGAAAAAAUUCUCGGAAGUAUGUCAUCCACACCUACACAGGAUAUGACAGGAAUUCUACAGGUUCCAUCGAAGCAACAGAAAAAUUGACAAAUGAAAAAAUCACUGUCAUUUCUAUUGGUGUUGGCGGAAGAUAUAGUGUCGGAAAUACUCUGCGAACUGCAUCUAGUGCUUACUUUGCAUUUUUAACCGAGUUGUUGGAAGAUGGACGAUGGCACCUCACUGAAACAGACUUUAACUUCAUGCUGAAAUUCGUACAUACAUAUUGCAGUGAUAGAGUAAACGCAUAGUGUGUGGAAUGUUUCAUAUCCUUACCUCAUAUUCUUUGCUUAGCAUGGGGAGACAAUGUAUAUCUGUUGUAUGCUUUAGAUUUAUCGUACUUAUACUCCAAAUGCCCUUUCAAAAGAUGAAAUUCUUCAAAGCCAUG